GUAGACAUGGCGGCCCCGUCUCUGACUAACAGUGUCUUCCUCUUCCCCUACGGUCAGUGCGGUGCUGUGGCUGCUGCAGGAGUUUCGCUUCCUGCACCUCGCCAUGAUGAACAAAUGAACUCGCGGGGAAUGAAACUUAAAUUUCAUAAAGGAGAGAAAGUACUCUGCUUUGAACCAGAUCCCACCAAGGCCAAAGUGCUGUACGAUGCCAAGGUUGUCGAUGUAGUUGUUAACAAAGAUGACAAAGGCAGGAAGACCCCAGAAUAUCUGAUCCAUUUUAAUGGUUGGAACAGAAGCUGGGAUAGAUGGGCAGCAGAAGACCAUGUUCUUCGUGAUACUGAUGAGAAUCGGAGAUUACAGCGCAAGUUGGCAAGAAAAGCAGUGGCUCGCAUGAGAAGAAAGGGACGGAAGAAGCGGCGGUGUCGGUUGCCGGGAGUGGAUUCUGUUUUAAAAAAUGAAAAGGAGGACAACGAUGAAAGCUCAUUAAGUAGUUCAUCAGAGGACAGUGAGGAAGGAACCGAUGAAGAAAUAAAAAGUGAAGAAAGUGACUUUGAAGACAAAACAGAAAUGAAAGAAGAACAAGAUAACCACUCAAAACGUGAUAUGGAUGAAAAAUCUAUUGUCAUCGAGAUUCCUGAUGUUUUGAAGAAGAAACUUGAAGAAGAUUGCUACUACAUUAACAAGAGAAAACGGCUGGUAAAACUGCCAUGUCAGACCAACAUAAUUACCAUUCUCGAAUCUUACGUCAAACACUUUGCCAUCAAUGCAGCAUUUUCCGCAAAUGAAAGAUUCCGACAUCACCAGACAUCUGCAAAUGUCAACAUGAAUCUUCACUAUGUGCCGCCUGAGAAAAAUGUUGAACUUUGUAAAGAGAUGGUGGAUGGCUUAAGGAUAAUGUUUGACUAUACCUUGCCUCUUAUACUUCUCUAUCCAUACGAGCAAGCUCAGUUUAAGAAAGUGACAUCAACAAAAUUCUUUCUUCCUAUCAAAGAAACUGCAUCUUUUAGCAACAGAAAUCAAGAAGAGGUAUCUCCAAGCCCACCGCUUUUAAAUCCGCCAACUCCACAAUCAACAGACAGUCAGCAAACAGGAGAGCCAGCUACACCUAAAAGACGAAGAACAGAGUCGGAUCUCCUGCAGUCCUUGAGGCGCUCCACACGUCACAGCACCAGCUGUGAUCGGCUAUCUGAAAGCAGUUCUUCUCCACAACCCAAGCGAAGACAUCCAGAGACACCGACCUCAAUGCCAAAAUUAUUUUUACACUUGGAGAAGAAAACUCCUGUUCAUAGUGGAUCCUCAUCACCCAUUACUUUAACGCCUAGUAAAGAAGGAAGCUCUGUGUUUUCUGCAUUUGAAGGUCGUCGAAAUAAUGAGCUGAAUGAGGUGUUGUCUUGGAAACUAAUGCCAGAAAAUUAUCCUUCAAGUGAUCAGCCACCUCCUCCGUCUUAUAUUUACGGAUCACAACAUCUGCUUCGAUUGUUUGUGAAGCUUCCAGAAAUUAUGGGGAAGAUGUUCUUUACGGAGAAAAACCUGAAAGCUUUGUUGAAGCACUUUGAGCUGUUUCUAAGAUUCCUUGCAGAGUACCAUGAGGAUUUCUUUCCAGAGUCUGCGUAUGUUGCUGCAUGUGAGGCCUACUACAGCACCAAAAACCCACGUGCAAUUUACUGAACUUAUUCACUAUCAAUUUUAUAAAAAUUAAUUUGUGUACUUAUUGCGUGCUACCUGUUCUGCGCACAUCUUCAGAAAUAUGUUGCUCCCCCAAAUGAAUUUCUAAGAACAGGAUAAAGAAACGGAUGUUAAAACAAGACGAGAAAGUAAAAUAGAUCAACUGCACAAAGCUACAUUCCCCAUUGAUUUGUAUUUUUUUUUUGUUUGUUUAAAUGUGUAUUUUGUUAAAUGGAGCUUGGUUGCACUAUUAAAUGUGUGCUAAUUUAAU